CGUAAACCAGAUCAGAACAUCGAUCAUGGCCGACACCUCCUCUGAAGAAGGCCGCGCCUUCUUCGAACAGCAACGAGUCCUCCUCAUCCAAGAUGUAGCAGCCAGCAUGGAAAACGUCCUCCAGAACAUCAACAAACUCAACCGCAGCUUAGAAGGCGUCAUAGCAGUCGGGAACGAAUUCAGUCAAGUCGAGGGGUUGUGGUCGCAGUUUGAGAAUGUGAUGGCGAAGCAGCCUUCGACGGGCGGGGAGAAAGAUGAGCAGGGGAAAGAGGAUGCGAAGGAGGGUGCGGAAGGGGGAGUUUGAGGAAACGAGUCGAGUGCAAGAGGCAAAUUUUGGGAUGGAAGAGGAUUGAUUUUAUGAUACCCGGUAUGCGUUACGGAGACCGCGGAGCUGAAAGCAAGAGGGAGUCAGAGGUCCUGCGGAGGUUCGGCUUGCGCGAGAGCAGACGGGAAGAUCCUUAGGAAACGAUCUGCUAAGGAAGCGGCACUUUGUGCGAGUAGCAGCGAUGGGUUUGGAGACACGGGAUGAGCGGACGUCUGCGGUCAAGCCGUUGUAGAAGGGCAGCAUGGCAGGAUUCAGAGCCACAACACGCAACGACCUGUCAGGAGGAGAAGAAGGACAAGGCCCAUGAAUGAGAAGGGAGAAAGCAUCAU